GCGCCUCCAUCCUCCAACCCAUUGCCGUUUCCCUCCUGCCACCUCACGUAUACAUACAUACACACACAUACUGACGUCCCUUCGCCCUGUCCGUAGCCAUGAGCUCCGGAGUCCGCAACUUGCGGGCCAUGUUCGAGAACCAAGGCGCGCCUUCCUCCCCUGAGCCCCGCGGCCGCUCCCCCGUAGACACGCACCCAUCGACAGACAGCAACACGCAUCCGACAGCCAAAGUACGCGCAUCCUUCGUUUCCGUCGAGCCUAGCACGCCUCCUGUCAGCACAGACCUGGGCACGCCCUCCAACCCCUUCUUGGCCAACCGAAGAGAGAGCUUCAGCGUCAGCCAGGACAAUACCGACGAGAUUGCAGAGCUGAAGAAGGCUGUGGGCGAGGAAAAGGCAGAGCGCAAAAAGAGCAUUGCGAUUGCUGAAGCCGUCCCCGAGCAGGCUGUUGCAUCACGAGAAUCCUCAUUAUCCCCUCCGCCCAUCCGCCACUCGCCAGCUGGAGACAUGCCGAAUCUUGGCUCUAUCAUGAAGGGGUCUGACUUCCCAGAUCCCGAGCCAGAGGUGGAGAAGAAGACCCAACCCAAAGAGGCAUCAGUACAGCCCAAGCAGACCCCGGCCAAGGCAGUAGAGCCGGCCCCGGCCAAGGCAGCAGAGAAAGCUCCAGUCAAGGUGGCAGAGAAGGCUCCAGCUAAAGUCGCAGAGAAGGCCCCAGUCAAGGCCGCAGAGCCAACUCCACCUAAAGCAGCAGAAAAGGCUCCAGUCAAAGUAGCAGAGAAAACCCCAGUCAAGGUGGUAGAGAAGGCUCCUGUGAAGGUCGCAGAGAAGAUCCCUGAGAAGGAAGUAGAGCAAGUCAAGGCAGUGGAGCAAACCCCGGCGAAGACAGUCGAGCAGCCCCCAGUCGAGCCCGCAGAGCCAGCACCGACUAGCGAAGCAGAGCAGCCCGCUCCAACGCCAGCGCCUGCCGCCGAUCAGCCCGCCGAUACUCCAGACAAGGUGCUUACAGAAGUACAAGAAGAGGCACCCUCGAAACCAGCAGAGCCCACGACCGAAGCCUCUGUCUCGGACAGUCCGGCUUUGCCUUCGACGCCUCCACCGACCGAUACAGCUCAGGCUUCGAGCGACAUCCCUACGAAUGGAACGCUAAAGCCCGCUCAGAGCAAAGUGAAGGCAAACGGUACACCUGUAGCAAAGAAGCUGGAGCCCAAGAAACCUGCAUCCAUUUCUACAGCCAAGGCAUCAACGGCCAAGCCGUCCUCUGCGAAGAGCCCAUUGCUUAAGAGCCCACUGCCAAAGACAGCCCCUAAGACACCUACGACCCCGAGGCAUUCGGUCGCUGCGCACGCAGCGAAGCCCAGUCCAGCUGCGAAACUACACUUGAAGCCAGUUGCGCCUAAAGAGCCUGUCAAAGCCCCAGCUGCGAAGACCAGCCGCAGCUCUUUGCGUCCCGCAGCAGCCUCCUCAACAGCUACUAAUCACACAGCCAGCGCGGCUACCAAAGCGAAGACUGCCGUUCCGGAGAACAAGAAGCCGGCUACAACGAAACCAGCGACCGCUACACACCGUGUCAGCACCUCACCAACCGCCUUCAAAAAGCCACGCCCGAAAUCUCCUACGCGCCCUGUUGGCCUACCUUCUCGCCUCAUUGCGCCCACCGCCGCAUCCGCCGCGAAACAUGGCGAGGAACCGAAGAUCGUCCGGAAGCCUUCUACCGCGACGCGGCCUACAGUCUCUGCAGCCGGAAAACACCCACGGCCGUCAAUUGCGCCCAAGCGACCAGAUUCGCGUGCUUCUUCGGUUGGUGCGCCAAAGGAGGGCUUUCUUGAGCGCAUGAUGAGACCUACAGCUGCCAGUGCGAGCAAAACACACGAAAAGCCCGUCUCUCCGCCACACAAAGCCCACACCAAGGCGCCCGUAAGCAGCGCGCUGCAUAAGGGCAAGAAGAAGGUUGAGGAGGUAGCCACCAAGGCUAAAGCGGCAGUUACGAACGGGCACCAUGCUGAGGAGCAGCAUGACAGUCUCCCGGCCGAUUUUAGUGCUGCAAAGGCCUCCAGCCCUACUGACCAGGCCGCCGAACCGACCACCCCCCAUGGGGCUGAUUCAUCGGCUGCAGAGCUGCAGACACCCCACUUCGAAGGCGAGACGCUCCGUUAGUGAUGCCAUGCCAAAACCCAGGCGGUCUCGGAUACAUGAAGCUAUAUGGGCUUUCUAGUUGUCAAUGGCACAUGUGAAAAUCCUCGAAGAGUCCGGGAGCUCACAUAACCGAGACACGCACCACAGACGUACUGCUACGCUCUGGGCUGCUCAGCACCCUUCCCCCUUCGAUUCUCACAAGCAUUUUCAGGAGCGAUUGUUUUGGUGGGGCUUCGUAUUCACUGGUGGGUGUCACGGGUUUACUUCUUGUGCAUAAUUGUUGGGGACUGCAGCUGGAUACAAACUAUUGCGUGCAUUGUUCGACAGUUCUAUAGUGGCGUGCAUAAUUGCCAGACGUCGUUAUGUACCAUCAAUCCAGUAUAUCCUCACUCCAUCUAUAUAAAAUGGCCGUUGUUUGCAAACAAUGCGAGGCGAAGUUAACGGCAGGCCCAGUGCGCGGUGUCAUGUGACUGGCACCUCCGAAACUCCGAUAACUUUUUUCUAGUGGU